AAUUGACAAUAAGAGAGAAAAUGAAAAAAACUAUACCAUUUAAUUACUAAUGAAUAAUGAAUAAUAAAUUCAAAGAUAAAAAAGUAUGUGUUCGGUUAAUAAAUUGAUCAAAUUAAUUAAAAACAGUGAAUUAAAAUAAACAGCUCAGAACUUACAAGGGUCGUGGAGUGCUUGAAAAAGGAAAACAAAUAAAAUAGAAUAGAAUAGUGGAUGCGAAGUGAAAAAAGUAAAAGGGUAAAAUGUGUUGUUCCGAAAGUACGAGCGGUUCUCGGAUGACCCGGUGUGGAAUUGUUUGCGGUUUGGCAGCGCUUGCAGCUCUUACCACUGCACUUCUUGGACCUGCGUGGCUCCACACUGAAGAAAAACUAUCACUUCCGCACAUUCCGAGACAACUUGCAUCUGCUGUUAGUGUGAAAUUUAAACUUGGACUCUUUAAAGUUUGCCCGAAGAUAAUUAAGCCCGUAAACAUCACGAUAUAUAUAACAACCCCAGCGUGCACAAACGUGAGAUAUAAUAGCCUUGCUGACGUGACAUCACAGGAGCUGGGCUUCAACCAACUAGACUUCACUCCUCUGGUCGUAUCAAAAAUGAGAAUAUCAGCGCCUUUCCAAGCUGUAGCUGCGGUGUUAAUUUUCUUGGGAACUUUCUCGGCGCUGAUCGGGCACUGCCUGGCCGAUCACAAGACCCUGAUCGCUUGCGGGCUGUUUCUCCUCGGCGGUCUUUCUCUCGGUGGCGGUUUGAUAGUUCUGGCAUCAGCACUUUCAGACGCUUCCUACGAAUCGCCUACAAGAUACAGCUUUUCAUCAACAUCCGGCUCUACGGAGGAUAAUGGACUUCCGAAGUAUCAAUACGGCUGGUGUUUACAGCUUUCAGGACUUGCUUUAAUACUAGCUGAAAUUGCAGCUCUUCUAACCGUCUCAGGAUACAUGGCACGCUUUCCGACCGUCGAAGAAAUGGUUCAAGUCAUAGUUCCCGGAGCUGCUAGAAAGUUGAGAGAACAACGCGGAUUAUCUUCGGAAUACCUCGUAAGAGCUCAUCAAAAAUCUCCUGGAGCAACGCAAGCACGGAAUUUCGAUCCGCCAACAAAAGAUGUAAUUUUAGGCCCGCAGCGUCUGACCGAAGAAGGCACAUCACUCCUUUGUAAAUCAGCCCCCGAUAUAUGUGCGUCCAAUCCACAAGCGAUUAGUUACGUCGAUAAGGCAGAUCUUUCGCACAUGUUGCCAGCUUAUCCGGACACGCAGAACCUUGUGGACCCACGGUUUACUUUCGUAGAUAAAGCGGAUCCCAGUAUUGUCGAUUCGAGACUCAGCGGGUUUGCUGAUAAAGAAGGGCUCAUGGAUUCAAGGAUUUUGCCGGACUCCAGGCAGAAUAUGAUCGCCUUUAACGACAGUAAGGAACAUGUUAUCAGCCAAGAAACUAGACAUGUAACCUACGCAGACAACACUAAAAGCGAGUGCCUUCUGGACGCACCACUGGGGUUUAACCGGUAUAACAGCAUGGCAGGUCAAACUGUCCCGAUCACCCUGAAGCACCAAAACAGCCCGACAGUAUCAGCAAUCCAAGCUCAGGCAAUGUACCAAAACUUCGGUACCAUCCACUCUGGAAUCCUGAGGGUAUCAGAACCCGGUACCAGCUCCAGCUCUAACUCCAGCCAGAGAAGCAUGACCUUGCAGAACCCCAAGAGAAAGUCCCAGAUCGCUCAGAAUACCUUCAGUACCCUCGAAUGCGAGAAGAGAAAGCCACGCGCUGCUGGAAUCGCCGGAAAGGUGAACUUCUAUACCGGUAGCGCCGUAUGACCACCACCACCGCCACCUACCCCGAGAUAACUCCGAGAAGAGGAUGAGUCCACGCUGUAAAUUACCUUGCGAGUCUUACUGACUGUACUCUGUGUUAUCCUCUGUCGUAAAGUUUCCCAGGUGGUGGCUGGCAACAAUGAGAUCUGUGUCAAUGUUGCUGAUAAUUGUUGAUGAAAAACUCUCUGAAGAUAUUUUCAGUCCCUUCUAAUGAAAAACUCAAGUGAAUAAUGAUAAUUAUGAAUGAGUAUUGAUUAAAGAUAAAUAAUGAAUAAAUAAUGUAAAUAUUGAUAAUAAUGAACAUGAAAUGUUUCUAUAAGAGUAUAUUAUUAUUGUAUCGAUAAUAACUUAUUCUUUUUUCGAUACUUGAUACGUGUUCUGACUACUGCCAAUUUUUAGCUGAUUUAUCCUUCGAUAUUUUUUUAAUUAACGCUCAAAUUGUAUCGACAAAUGCGAUGUACCCAGUAAAUAAUAUUAAUAACAAUAAUGACGAUGAAUAAUACUUAACAAUAAAUGGUUAAUAAAUAUAAAUAUAUACAAUGUUCGAUUAUUAUAAAUGUUGAUUGUUGUGUUUACAUUGCAGACAAUUGACAGGGUGUUGAAUAAUAAUUUUUUGGUUGUUAAUAGUGACUAGUGAAAGAGACAAUCUAUGUGGUGAUGAUAAUAACCGAGGGCGCAACAUCACGGAUUCUAAGAUUCUGAAGUAGAAUCCGCGACAUAUCAAAAUAUAUAGAAGGAUUAAUAAUACUACUUGUAAUAUUAAUAAUAAUAAAAAUAAUAAUAAUAAUAAUUAUAAGUAUAACUAUUGAAAAAUAAGUAAAGGGUGAGAGAUUAUUUUCGAGUAAGUGAAUGUUUGAAUUUUUGUGUACGUGUUGAAUUAUAUUCUCUAUUAAUGAAGGGAAUAUGUAAUGGAAUACAUGUAAUUUUGUUACUGACCAUUUUGUGUUGGUAGUGUAACAAAAAUAUUCUAACAAGUGGAAUAAAGUAUUAAAUAUGAAUAAUAUAAAAAUUGUUUUGUAUAAAUUAAGUAGCUCCAUGUAAUACCAUGUAACUGAUCGUAGAUAAAUAUGUAAUAAAAGAUUUUAACUAAUGAUGAUUAUUUAUAAAUAAAUAAAUAUUUAAUAUUCAAUGA